UUCGUGGUGCAACGACGGGCUAUAAGAGUCCUCCCGCACCGUCUGGGUUGCCAGGCACGGAUCUCCGCUCUUGUGGGAAAGACAACUUCUUGCCAUCAUGUUCCGGCUAGUCCUUGCGUUGGUUGUGCUGGCCGUGGCUUCAGCGGCGCCUUAUCUUGAUCAAGACAAGCCUAGACCAAGUCUCCAAGCAAACCGCUUAGCCGUCGCGCCACUGCGAGUUGGUUCCAAAAGAUACUUUCUGCAGACCGUUAAGUCAAACUGGUACCGUGCCAACGAGUUUUGCAACUACCAGGGUAUGCGCCUUGCCACAAUCAGCAGCCAGGAGGAGAACGACAAAGUGGCCAAGUACAUCAGGAACAGCGGUUUGGGCGGCGAAUACUUCUGGAUAGGGGCCUCAGAUCUGGGUGAGCGCGGCAAGUACGUCUGGAUGUCGACGGGUGAGCCCCUGGAGUACACCAACUGGUUGGCAGGAGAGCCAAACCAUUUGACGGAUAACGGUGAAGUUGAGCACUGUGUCCAUUUGUUUGAUCAGAACCUUGACUUUACUUGGAACGACAAGAUUUGUUCGAUCUAUUAUAACUUCAUUUGUGAGAUGUGAUUUAUACACCUUGUAAUUUCUGCGACGGCUUGCUUCGUGUGUUUUUUCUUCAUUUCGGGUAACCUGAGACGUACCUCCGGCGAUACCGACUGAAUGUAACCGGAAACUUUUAACGCGUCAAUACACUCACAAGAUAUUGAGGUUUAAUAAUUAGUGAAACGAACGAAAAACUUAGUAUUAUGGCAACGAAGAGAAGGUAAUACCCUACGGUGAAGGUUUCUUUGCAGCUUUGCAGUUUCUUCAUACAACGACUAAACUACUGUUUAAUUAUUAUGAUUGAUUUGUGUCGUAGAGUACUGACAAUUAGCUUAGUAAUAUAACUGCACGGCGUUUGUCAGUAGAAAAUAGGAAGUGUUGCUAUAGUACAAUCAAAUUAACCUUGGACAAUGGACCAAAAAUCACGCCUACGUAAGUGAAGGUAGAGCACUACGUAUCAGGGGGCAGGUUACAUGUCUUUUUUUUAGAAAAGUUCCGAGCUGGAGCACCAAGUUAAUUGUAAGGGUCAGCGCGUAUAACUUUUUUUUUUCGUGGAAAUAUUUUUUUUUAUCUUAACGGUUGUGAUGUUGGGAUUAGGGGGAGGUUGGAGGUUCUAAUGAAAUUCCUGCAUUGUGAAAAAUGUGUCAAGCAGUAGAAAUCUGUUAUAGUAAACAUGAGGUCUUUAGGAAAUAUAACAGUUGUACAGAAUA